UCGAUGAAGCCCUCAGUGAACAUCGGAAGCAGAGUUUGAGAUUAUCGCCUGUGGUCGCCUACAGAUGGCAGCACCCGCAGCAGCAGCAGACGCCACGUUGCCGCAGUGAGUCUGGCUGACGCAGGCGCGUCGCUGUGGCGCUUCCCACAGCCAGGCAUCAUGGCCGACAGCGACCCACAUCCGGGCGACGACAGCGCCACCGCCGCCACCGACCCGCCGCUGCUGCUCAAGACCGUCUGCCUCGGAAUCAUCGUCGGUCUGUCGACGUCAGCCAACGUCGUCGCCAUGUUGGUUCUGCUGCGCGCUCGCCGGCUCCGCAGCGCCCCCUACUGCUACCUGCUCAACCUGACUCUCACCGAUCUGCUGCGCACGGUGUUCUGCCACGCGUUCGUGCUCGGCGCGCGCGUGCGUGCGUUCUCGCUGCCGCGCGGGGCAACAGCCGAUCGCGUCUGCAAGCUGGUGGCCUUCGUCAACGUCCUACUGACCUUCAACUGCGUCUUCACGCUGCUAGUGCUGGCGAUAGAUCGAUACCUAGCGACCGUCUACGCGCGUUUCCACGCGCGCAAGAUCCGCGGAUUGAUCUGCCUAGCGGUGGCGCUGCUGUCGUGGGGGUUGGCUUUCAUGAUGGCGUUCCCACCAGUGUUCGGGUUGGGCGCGUAUCGGUACGCACCGGACGGCGGGCAGUGCACGUUCCAACAACGCGUUUACCGCAUGAACGACACGCUCGGAUUCACUCUCAUCUUCUCGGUCGCCGUCGGCGUCACGUCGGCAGUCUACGCCCGCAUCUUCGCGCGCAUGCGCGGCCGACGACGCAUGCGCCCCGUCGUCCGUCCGCCGGCCGUCAGCGACAGUUGGACUUUUUUCGGAGCGGGAGCCGGGGCGGUAGGGGGCGCCACGUGCGUGCCGACGCGGGCGACGGAGAGACGGCCGGGAGAGGGAGGAGGAGGAAGAGGAGGAGGAGCAGAAGGAGGAGGAGAAGGAGGAGGAGGCGACGGGGCAAGGAGCACGCGGAUGUGCGUGUUUCUACACGCUGCCUUCGUCGUACUAUGGCUGCCCUACCUCGUCAUGGCCUACUGGCACAUGCUGAGAGAGAGCGCCACCGUGCCGACGUGGUACCUGGGCGUGGCGACGUGGUGCACCUACCUGUACGUCGUCGUCAACCCGAUAGUCUACGUCGCGAGCAGCGCCACCUUCCGGCGCGCGCUGCGACGCACGAUCACGUGUUCGCGGCGACGCGAGCGCCCCUACGCGGCGGCGGCGGCGGCGGCGGGAGAUACGUCUCAGGAUGGGGAGUGUCUCGAGGCGGCCGGGCCGUGUCUCAGAGCUGAGACGGGACUUGUCUCUGAGACUUGA